AUGGGUAAGUUUAGAUCUCAUGAUAUAUAUGAAGAAUUAACUGAAUAUAAUGCUAAAUAUCCAGAACCUACUGCUGAAGAUUAUGCUACUUUACCAAAAAAAUUAGGUCGUGCUCCAUAUGCUACUUAUUUAGUUUGUCUUAUUGAAUUUUCUGAAAGAGCUUCUUAUUAUGGUGUUAAAGAUCGUUUAAAUAAUUUUAUUCAAUUACCUUUACCAAAAGGUGGUAAUGGUGCUGGUGCUCCUCCUUUAGGUGAUCAACAAAAUUCUGGUGCUUUAGGUCUUGGUUUACAAGUUGCAUCUGCAAUUACCUUGUUGUUAACCUUUUUAGCUUAUUUAACUCCUUUAUAUGGUGGUUAUAUCUCUGAUAAAAAAUUAGGUAGAGUUAAAACCAUCUGGUAUGGUGUUUGGGUUGGUGCUAUUUCUCAUAUUAUCUUAAUUAUUGCAGCUAUUCCUUCAGUUAUUACUGGUGGUAAAGCUUUAGCUCCAACUAUUAUCUCAAUUAUUACAUUAGCUUUUGGUUCAGGUUUAAUUAAACCAAAUUUAUUACCUUUAUUAUUUGAUCAAUAUGAACAUCACCGUGAUGUUGUUGUUACUGAUAAACAUGGUAAAAGAGUUAUUAUUAGUAGAGAAGCCACAUUAGAAAGAAUGACUUUAUUCUUUUAUUGGUCUGUUAAUGCUGGUGGGUUUUUAUCUUUAGCUACUUCUUAUGCUGCUAAAAGAGUUGGUUUUUGGUUAGCUUAUUUAAUUCCAGGUAUUUUAUAUGCUAUUAUGAUUCCAGUUUUAAUGGUUUUAGUUCCAAGAUUAAAACAAGAAAUUCCAAGUGGUAUUUCAAUUUUAGAAGAUUCUUUAAGAGUUUGGAAAUAUUGUUUAUCAGGUGGUUGGAUUAAAAGAUUUAGAAAAAAUCAAUUUUGGGAAUAUGCUAAACCAUCAAAUAUUGAAGCAAGAGGUGAUAUUCAAGCUUUAGAAGCUGUUAACAAAAAGGGUAAAAAGAAGAUUUCAUGGAAUGAUCAAUUUGUUCAAGAUGUUUGGACUACAAUUGAUGCUUGUAAAAUUUUCUUAUUCUUUGUUAUUUAUAAUAUUAAUGAUGUUGGUAUUGGUGGUAUUCAAAAUUCUCAAGCUAAUUCAAUGACAACAAAUGGUGUUCCAAAUGAUUUAAUUAAUAAUUUUAAUCCUUUAACUAUUAUUAUUACAAUUCCAAUCUUGGAUUAUAUUAUUUAUCCAAUUUUAAGAAAAUAUAAAAUUGAAUUUAGACCAGUUUAUAGAAUUUUCACAGGUUUUAUUAUUUGUUCAUUUUCAUCAGUUGCAGGUGCUAUUAUUCAAUGGAAAGUUUAUGAAACUUCACCAUGUGGUUAUUACGCUACAGAAUGUGAUAUAGGUACUGGUGUUUCACCAAUUUCAGUUUGGGCUGAAGUUUCUCUUUAUGUUUUAGCUGCUUCAUCAGAAUGUUUUGCUAAUACUGCCGCAUAUGAAAUUGCUUAUACAAGAGCUCCAGAUAGUAUGAAAGGUUUAGUUAUGGCUAUUUUCUUAUUUAUGCAAUCUCUUGCAGCUGCUGUUUCUGAAGCUUGUACAGGUGCUUUAAUUGAUCCAUAUUUAGUUUGGCCAUUUGUUGCUACUGCAAUUGCUGGAUUUAUUAGUGCUUUUGCAUUUUUAUGGAUUUAUAGAAAUUUACAUGUUGUUAUGAAUAAUGAAAGAAUUGAAAAAGAAGCUAAAUUAAAACAAGAAUAUUUAGAAAUGAGUGGUAAUCAUAAUGCUAUGAAGACUACAGAUUCAAAUGCUUCACCAGAUCUUGAAGAAAAAGUUGAAGAAAUUGUUGAUCAAAAAAUAAGUAUGGAAGAAAAUAGAAUUAAAGCACAAAGUGAAGUUGAUGGAACUUUAAUUGCUGCUGAUUUUAAAAAAUAA